UCUCUCUCCCUGCGUGUGUGCUCAAAACAUUCAUGGCAAAAGCAUCAUGAUCUGCACUCCAGCUCAAAACCCAUUCAAGGCUCAAAGAAAGGUGUAGGGUGGCUACAGUAUAUUAGGAUGAAUGUAACAUAGAGGAGUGAAGAGAGUAUGGGCUUUGAGCUUUAGUUAGAAAAACCAACCGGGUUUUCUUUCUUUUAUACUGUUUCUUUGUUUCUCUCUCUUUCUUUUUCUCAUAAACCGCCUACUUACAUGCGGUUCAUAGAUUAACAAAGGCUUAAAGUUUCUGUGUGUGUUCGAAGCAGACAACUUUUCCUUUAUUAUUUUUCUCACUUGGCUUCACUUAAAGUAGAGGGAGUUCUGGUGUUUUCCAUGGUUAAAGCAGGGAAAUUUUAGUUCUGAGCUCAACAAGCUCUAGGAUUUUCCUGUUAUAUACAAGAAAGAUAUGCUGAGUUGUGGACUAUUCCAUAGUGAGAGGAUUCCAAUUCAAGGUCUCAUAAAGAAGUUUGAUCAAGAGAGAUAGCAAUAGCAUCAUCACACGUCAAAGGUAGCAGAACAUGAACAAGAUCAGCAACUUGAGUUGUGUUAGAAGCUCUGAUCUCAUAGAUGCCAAGCUCGAAGAGCAUCAGCUAUGUGGAUCCAAACAGUGCCCUGGUUGUGGACACAAGUUUGAAGGGAAGCCGCAGGACUGGCUAGGUCUACCAGCGGGAGUGAAGUUUGAUCCAACAGACCAAGAACUCAUAGAACAUCUUGAAGCAAAAGUAGAGGCAAAGAAUAUGAAAUCACACCCUUUGAUAGACGAGUUCAUCCCUACCAUUGAAGGAGAAGAUGGGAUUUGUUACACCCAUCCUGAGAAACUUCCAGGAGUGACAAGAGAUGGCCUAAGCAGACACUUCUUCCACAGGCCUUCAAAGGCUUACACAACAGGAACACGAAAGAGGAGAAAGAUUCAAAACGAAUGUGACUUGCAAGGGGGAGAAACCCGAUGGCACAAGACUGGUAAGACCAGGCCAGUGCUGGUGAAUGGUAAACAAAAGGGGUGCAAGAAAAUUCUGGUCCUUUACACCAAUUUUGGGAAGAACAGAAAACCCGAGAAGACCAAUUGGGUGAUGCACCAAUACCAUCUUGGUCAGCAUGAAGAAGAGAAAGAAGGAGAACUUGUGGUGUCAAAAAUAUUCUACCAAACACAACCAAGGCAAUGCAAUUGGUCAGAUAGAAGUGCAACAACCGGUGAAGCAAGUGGAGAACAACCUAAUAAUGGAAGAAGAGACAGUGGAAGUGGAAGUUGUUCUUCAAAGGAAAUCGUUACUCACAGAGAUGAAAUGUCUCCUGUUAAUCUUGGGGUCCCUUCAAUGACACCUUUCACCAAUGCCUUGGAUAUUCACCACCUGAAAUCUAACCAUUUCAGCUUCGUUCCAUUCAGAAAAAGCUUCGAUGAGGUUGGAAUGGGAGAAGCUUCCACGGGAAGUGAAGUGCAAGCAUCAGGCUCAUGCGAAGAAGUACAUGAACGGCAUGUAGCACAUCAUCAUCAUCAACAACAACAAAAUCAGCAUGCGCACCAACACAUUGCAACCACAGCCUUCCAUAUCAGUAGGCCUUCGCUUCCCAUCUCCACCAUCAUCGCUCCUCCUCCCCUUCACCACGCAUCCAUUAUCCUAGACGACAACUCUUACCAUGUCUCUAGAAUAAUGGAAAAUUUCCAGCAACAGCAGCAACAACAUCAUAAACUUGGAGGAAGGUCUGCGUCUGGUUUGGAGGAACUCAUCAUGGGGUGCACUUCAACUGAUAUCAAAGAGGAAUCAUCUAUUACAAACCCACAAGAAGCGGAAUGGUUGAAGUACUCUUCUUACUGGCCAGACCCUGGGAACCUACAUGAUCAUCAUGAGUAGAAGGAGACACCAAAAAGUAGAGAAUAAACAAAAACCACAAACAAGACAACAUCAUUAUCGUCAUCAUUAAUGCCUGAAGCGUACCUCAAGUUUCUUUCCAACAAAAAGCCAAGUAAUCAGAUCCAUGGUUUGCUCAGUUAUCUUUCUUUUCCAAUGGGUGCUUGUUUAUAAUAAGCUUUGGUGGCUGCUCUCAGCGGAAUUAACUGUGUGCAACGGAACAAAUUAGAAAGAAUGGGAGAAAAAAGAAAAGGAAAAGAAAGAAAAAAAAAAAGAAGAAAAGAAAUCCAAGCAAAGCUGCACUCCCUCCUGAGUCUGACACACGGUGAGGGAGAACGACCAAAGACUCAAAGUUAAAUAUGCAUCCUGCUGCAUGAAAAUCAUCACUAAUAUGAUUACAGUAUCAUCCCUCUUAUUAUUCAUAUUAUUUUUUAUUAUUUUAUGACGUUUGUAUUUGUUCACUUUUCCUGUUUUUUAUAC